AUUGAUUUGGAUUGUUUGAAAAUAAGUGACUGUAAGGAAAAAUUUAUCAAAAAAGGAAACAUAUUAAUACUAUUAUAAUGGGUAAAAUGCAAGCUAUUGUCAUCUUUGUCGUCAUUGCUUUUAUCGGAUUUAUGGAAGUCGUUGACUGUGGAGUUUUGAGUGAUAGAGAUCCAAGAAACUUUAACAACCAGUACAACCCAAACCAAUUAGACACAAACAAAGCAAAACGUCCAUUCUGCAAUGCCUUCACCGGAUGUGGACGAAAAAGAUCCAAUGAAGUUGCUCCACCAAUUCCAAUUCAGUCAACAUUCGAUGAUAGUGACAGAAUUUCUGAUGUCUUGGAACUUAACUCUGAACCAGCAAUUGAAAAUCUCGUAAGACAAAUUAUGAGCGAGGCAAAAAUGUUUGAAGCAUUCCAGGAGGCAAACCGCGAAAUGUAUUUACAGAAGCUUAAACAUUCAAAUCGAGAACCAUCCGCAUAUUCCAUGCAAUAGGAUUAUUCAGACUAUUAAAUUUAUUAUUAAUAUUGAGCUAGUCUUAUUUCAUAAAGUUUAAUGUAUUUAAAUUGAAUAUCAAGUGCUGUGCAUGAUGGAAUACCAGCCAUUUAUUGAAUUAUAAUGACAGCUAAUCAGUGCACGGUGGAAAGGAGUUAGUGAAAGUUUAAGCGACAUCAUGUCAGCAUCCCGUGAAUGACAUUGACGUGCGUUUGAUUGAAAUAAUAUUGACGCAUGUUUUUGUCAUCGACAGCAUUGAUUUAUGUGCACUGAUAAUUUUUUGUAUGUUUUGUCCUAUAAUUCUAUAAACCAAAAUGAUAAUGUUCAGCACAGCACUUGACCUAAAUCAAUGUCCUUAUUAUGAUGUGAAAAAAUUGUCAAAAUGUAGCACAAAGACAGACACAGCAAGUGACUAAUUUUUACGUAUUAGAGUAUCAAUUUUAAGUAACCAAAAAAAAGUUUCCAUCUCAUGAAUUAAAUUAAGACGUCUGUUAGACCAUCUGAGAUUUAUUUUAGAGACAAUCGACACUUUUGCAUCAUGAUGAUGACGUCCUUAAGCUACAUAAUAAAGCAUUGGACCUUAACAUCAUUGCAUGGCUGGUAAUAAUGCGAUGUCUUGAAAAAAAUUCUCGGAUAUAGAAUUAAAAUUUUGUGUUAACGUUCCUUGAAAGAAUCAAGAACAUAAAGCCUUUUUCCAUGGUUUCUUGAUAUAAAAAUUAUAUGAGUAAAGAGAGACAUAUUAAAAAUUUAGCAACAAAAGCAUCUAUUUGAGCUCCAUUGUAUGAUGAUGUUAUAUGUAAUUAAUAAUGAGCAGAUAUAAAAAAGCAAAUUUCAAU